CUGCCCUGGUACCCAAGCCUGGCAAAAGCGGCUCAGAGCCACUCCUGAAACUUCAACCUACUGCGCGGGGAAGGCGAGAAUGGAAAGGAAGAACAGGAUUAGACAACAAGGAGAAGCAGGCAACGCCACAUCAGGCUAGGGUCCGGGCAGGCAGAAGGCGCCCCACGACAGAGCACGUGCUGACAGCCCCACCACCACCGCAGACCAAAACAAACCGGCGCGGCCCCGCCCCGCGUGCACGUGACCGGGAAGCGCCGUUUCCGGGGGAGGUGGCUCGGCGCAGUGAGUCCUUCCGGUUUGUGGGGGGUGUUGGGGCUGCAGACCCCUCAGCUCCGUGCUCCGCGUAUUCGCGUGGAGGUCGCCUCACGGUGACCAUGGCUGCGGACACCCAGGAGAGCCCUCGCCUGGCCCCAGCAGCUGGAGCUGGCGGGGACGAAGGUGAAUAUAUCAAUAUCAAGCCUUUUACACCAGAGAAAGCAAAAGGAAUUAUAAUGUCUUUACAGCAGCCUGCAGUCUUCUGUAACAUGGUUUCUGACUGGCCCUCACGACACUGGACUGCUGCAUACAUUUCUGAGGUCCUUCAUGGCAGACAGAUCCGAUUCAGAAUGGGAAUGAAGAGCACACACACAGUUCCUCAGUUUGAAACCACAUGCAGUUACGUGGAAACUACCCUGGAAGAGUUUCUGACCUGGAACUGCGACCAGUCUAAUGCUUCUGGGCCAUUUGGAGAUUAUGACCAUUCACGAUUCUGGGCUUACGCUGAUUAUAAAUAUUUUGUCAACCUAUUUGAAGACAGUUCAGAUAUUUUCCAGGACGUGCUGUGGUCUGACUUCGGGUUUCCUGGAAGAGAUGGCCAGGAAAGUACACUGUGGAUCGGCUCCCUGGGUGCACAUACCCCCUGUCACCUGGACACCUACGGUUGUAACUUAGUCUUCCAGGUGCAAGGAAGGAAAAGAUGGCAUCUCUUUCCUCCUGAAGAUACACCUUUCCUUUAUCCAACUAGAAUUCCUUAUGAAGAAUCUAGCGUGUUCAGUAAAAUCAAUGUUGUCAAUCCUGAUUUAAAGCAUUUUCCUCGAUUCCAGAAAGCUCGAAGGCAUACGGUCACACUGAGCCCAGGACAGGUCCUGUUUGUUCCCAGACACUGGUGGCACUACGUAGAAUCCAUUGAUCCUGUCACUGUCAGUAUAAACUCAUGGAUUGAGCUGGAAGAGGACCACCUAGCCCGGGUAGAAGAGGCAAUCACUCGUAUGGUUGUGUGUGCAAUGAAAACUUCUGAGGAUCCACACGAUAUCCGAGCUUGGUUAAACCCCACCGAGGUUGGGGCAACAUCCCACGAAAUCAACUGCCGCUACUUAAAUGGAGCUGUUUCUGCCUUUUUUGAUCAUCACAGAACACCCAGGGCAGUAGAAAUUCAAGCACUGAAAGCAAAUGGGGAGAAUGUGGAAAAGAAAGAAUUAAAUGGGUCCAGCCACAUGGAGGUGGGCCAAACACAUGGCCAGGACUUGAGCCUGGCAGCUGGAAAGCAGGAUGUAGUGAGUCUCUUUGGCCCUGAUCUGUUCCCUGUAAAUCCAGGACCUGAAGAAGAACACCCUUCAGAAGGAGGUGGCAUAUUUGAAAAAGGUGGGAAAGAGUUGGUUGACAAAGAUGGAGAAUACUUUGCAAAAUCCUGCUGUGCCAAGAGGCAACAAAUGCUGAGUAAAAGUGAAAACGUGGUGGUGGAACAGACUGCUCCAGGUAGUGCUCCAGGCCUGUCUCAGGCAUUCAUUUCUACAGAUGAUUUGCUGGACUGCUUGGUGAAUCCACAGGUAACCAGGAUGGUGGCGCAACUUUUGAUACAAGGGAAAAGCUUGUGAUUCUCAUAGAAAGUGGCUUUUUAAAUAACACUUUAAAAAUAUUUUUGGGAAAUACAGUAUGACUUUAAAAUAAAAGAUGUGACAGCAGAAGUUCAACCUGCCUGUUUAUAAGUUCUUACCUAAUUAAAUUUCAUUGGUUGCCACCUCCUCCUGUGAAUAUUGCUUUCUCUCUUUGGUGCCUUUGCCUGUCCUUCCUGCCUCGCAGCCUGGGUCACAUGUAAGCCCCAGGUGUUCCCAAGCAGGAAGCAGUCUCUCCAUCAGCUUUCACCAGGUACUGACCUGCUGCUUGGUCUUGUAAGUCCAGCUUUCUGGGAACAUACCCAGGCCACUCAUCUCACAUUGCCUAUAGCAACUUUAGGAUUACAAUGAGAGCUGAAUUGAGCUAGAGACUGUGUGGCUCCCAAAGCCACAGAGAAAAAAAAAAUCAUUAUCUGUCCCUUUACCCAAAGUUUGCUGGAUAGAUUCCAGCCUGGAUCUGAGAUGAUCCCAUGUCUAACACCAGCAGAAUUCUCACCAGUUAACUUCUGCCUUCUAAAGCAAGAUACCAAUCAGGAGGCUAGCAGGGGAGCUUCUGAUGUGAGACCUCCUUAUGGGAAUCUUGGGGCACCGAGGAGUAGCAGUCGUGGGACCAAAGAUGCUCCUGACCCCUGAGACAGUGACUAAAUCUUAAUUUAACAAAGUUGCUCCCACACUACAUUUGCAAAACCGGGGGAUAAUUAUUACCAUUACUGCCCAAGUAUUUAGAAAUUAGGAAAGUUUACUGAUGUCUGAGUAAACAUGUAUGACACAGAUACACAACAAAGUCACCUGAAGUCUCCUUUUGAGAUGAAUGGAGUACUUGCCCUACCCUUCUCACCAGGGUAUCAGUCCACAGAAAAUGUGUGCAAUCUAAGAGAGCAGGGAGGGAGCGUGCUGCUAUGAGAGCAUGUCCAGGGGAAAGAAAGAUCUAGAAAGAGCCCUUGCGGACACAUGUCACCAGCUGUCCACGAAGCAGGUCCACUGUGUAUUGGUUACCACCUUGUCUUGAGUUCACUGAGACAACACCCAGCUACACAAGUUACACAAAGCACAUUUAUGACUUACAGAUGGGCAGCAAGAACAACAGAAGCCUAGGAUCCACUGUGAGCCAGGCCCACAAGGCCCCAGAAAGCUGCCCUGGACCCCCCUUGCACCCCACCCUGCAGUGUGUACCACACCUCUUGCCUCACUGAUCACCCACCAAGCCUUACCAGACCCACAGUGGGCUUGUUCUGGCAGCUUGACAAGCUCGGUUUUCCCUCCAAAUUUACUAAACUCCAGCUGCAUUCGACCUUCCUGAAAUUGCCAGUAAAUAUUUGUACUCUAAGGGCUCUCUUGCUCUCUCGUUUAGUUUUCAACAGCAGUGGCCACUGCUCAUCAUUAAGCUUCCCCUAUAUUUGCUCUUUAAGAGAAGUCGUUUUGACUGACAUUUUUCAAGUAGUUUUCCUGAAAAAGAAGGAAAAUGACAUAUUUGAUACUCUAGAUUUACCGAGUGGAUCAUCACUCUUCAGUGCAACACCCUCUGCUAUUCAGCCUUACUCUGAGUUUGCCAAACCCCUGCAGAACAAAAGCAAAUCAGAGCAAGUUAUUUCCUUAUUCUAAUUCUUCAGCUCAGGUGCCAGGGGCUAGGAAGUCACUCCUAAGCCAGUAAAAGUCCUUGCCAAUCCACUUAUAAACAAACAGCUGCUUCUACAGUUUCAGGAUCUGGCCCUGGCUGUCCUCACACUCCUUCCCUCGAGGUGAGGUGUAGAUCCCAGGACAGGGAGGGAAGGAAAGCGCCUCUGUCCGAGGGCACCCCCUAGCGUCCGAGGGCGCCAUCUGCGCUGGCUCCCACCAGAACUGGCUUCUUGGUUUACAGAAGUUGAAAAAAAGAGGCCAGAGGGAAAAAAGGAAUACAGAGGUUAUUUCACAGAUUGUGAGAUGUUCUGGAAGCAGUCCUUGGAAGCCAUAUUCUGUGGUGAGGGAGCAAAGGCUUGGUGUGUAGCCACCAAAUCUUGCUGGCUUGGGAGGAGGGCUCCUGCCUAAUGGGGUCAGGCAAAGAAACCCGAGUUCUGAGCAAGUUUCCUCAGCCCAGAAAUGUACAUGUAGUGCUUGCCUCAUGGGAGUGUUUGUGCAAGUAAGGUAAUGCAUGGGAGGCACCUACUAUAUGACCUGGUCCAAACUAGGUCAUCAUAAGUGGUGUUGAAUCUGAAAUUUACAUGAGUAAGAAAAAAAAGCUUUACUAAAUUAGCAGAUUAGUAAUAUGACUUAUUUUAAUUCCUUUGGUUUAUUUAUACACAAGGUUUUCAAAGCUUGUCAGGAGCUAGGCUGCAAAGGGAAAUGUGCUUUUUUUUUGAAAUUGGGUUUUUUUU